AUGUCAGGAUCUGGUUCAAAGGGAAAGUGGGAGGCCUCCUCCAUCACCGAGAAGGAUGUCAAGGAGCUCCAGGUGGCGGGAUAUCUGUCCACGGACAUCGCGCACAGGCUCCCUGCCAAGGAUCAAGGCUGGACGAAGAAGGCAGAGCAGAUUGACUGCCCAGCGCCAUUACCUGAGAAUCCGGCCACUCCUCAACUGACGGAGAUGCUAGUUUUGGCGCCAUAUCAGGCACCGGAGAAGAAGGCCAAGAAGAAGGGCAAAGAAAACAAAGGCGGCCCUCGCCAUAGAGGUCCCUCGGAUGCCAUGUCCGGAGAAACCGAAGCCCUCUCCUGCCAUGAGGGGGGCGAGGACGAAGAAGAGGAAGAAGCAGAAAGUGACUCCCCUCACAAGGGGAGGAAGAAGAAAAGGACGGCCUCCGAAGAUCCGGAGGAGGAGGCGCCCAAGAGGGGGAACAUCGUCCUCCAGGACAGUUCGGACUCGGAGUCCGAACAAAUCCGCAAGAAGCUACCUAGGGCGAAGCCCCUGGCCGCAUCCCCUCCAUGCGAGCUUCUGAACACUCCAUUAUCGGAGGGGAGUUAUCUGCCACCUGACAUGGCAGAGAUUGAGACGCCGCCACGUGCCCCCUCGCCCCUCACCGCUGAUGACACCGAGGUGUUAUCCCAAAGGACCUCUCCUGGCCGCGGAGGGGCGGGCGUAGCUGUCGAGAAGGCGCCCGAGGGCAACACCUUGGUCGCCGAAGACAUGGGGGAGGUCACCCCUAUGGAAACUGAUGGUGGGGACCGUCAACACUCCGGGCCCCAACUGGACACUCCCCCAGAGACCAAUGCUUCCCCGUUGGCAGCAACCGCCCAGGCCGCCGAAGUUUCCGAGCUCAAUCGGAAGCUGAAGGUGGCCGAUGAAGAAAUCGACCGCAUCAACAAGCGGUUCGAUGAGACGCAAGUGAGUGCAGCCGAGGUCGAGACCCUCAAAGGCGCACUUGCCCGAGCCCAGAAAGAGGCGAAGGCAAACAAGGCAGCCGUGGAUAAAGCGGCUGCGGAACUGAAGACCGAACAGGCCGCCCGCCGUCAACACGAAGCUUGGGUGACCGAGGUCCAGCAGGAGCUAAAGGACGCCAUCCUCAAGUGCAAGGGUUUGGAGGAUAAGGCUUUGGCUCAAUCUUUUGAACUUGCAAAAGCUCUCCAAGAUGCUAAGGCGGCACAGGUGGAGUCCCGAAGUGCUCGCGAGGAGAUCCAUUAG